AUGACGAGUGUCGACGAGAUAUUCAAGAAGUCAGGCGUUGUUAGCAAGCGGAAACUCGAUUCUGUCAGGGACCCAAAUGAAAUAUACAAAUCAGCGAAGACCUCUUCCAAUGGCGCUAGCCGCCACACUUCUGCCGCCGAUGAAGAUGAGGAGAUGGAGGCCGGUCCCACCCUUCCACCAGACGAUGGCGAAGACGAACAAGACUUCGGGCCCGAAAUGCUCCCCGACAACGAUGACGAUGACGAGGAAGGCCGCUUCUUUGGCGGCGGCGUGACCAAGCAAGAAUACAAAAUCCUGGACUACGUGGAAGGUGCCGAUACGGGAAGGGCAGAGGACAAGAUUGACGUUGGGUGGCUGCGCAAGACGGCACUGAACUUUGAGAAGCGCAUUAGCAAGAAUGCUGAGAUGCGCGCCAAGUUCGAGUCGGAACCACAGAAGUUUAUUGGUAGCGAAGGCGAUCUUGAUGCCGACAUCAAAGCACUGUCAGUCUUGUCCGAGCACCCAGAGCUGUUUGUGGAAUUCGUGCGGCUUGGGUGCGCCAACAGCUUGGUCGGCCUGCUGGCCCAUGAGAACACGGAUAUCGCCAUCGACGCCAUAGAGGUCAUUGGCGAAUUAAUUGACGAGGAUGUGGCUGCCAAGGACCACCAAUGGAACACUCUAGUUGACGCCCUAAUAGACGCUGACCUGCCAGGGCUUAUCGUCUCCAAUCUCUCCCGUCUUGAUGAGAGCGACGAGUCGGACAGAAAUGGCGUGUACUACGCUCUUGGCAUCGUGGAGAGCCUCUGCUCCCGCACCCCGGUUGCCAUUCGUGUCGGCGACAGCGAGGAGCUCCUCCGGUGGCUGCUGAGCCGUAUACAGCGAACCGAAGCUACUGUGACACAGAAUAAGCAAUAUUCGGCCGAAAUUCUUGCCAUCUUAUCCCAGGCGUCGCAAGAAACCCGACGGGGGCUUAUUCAGCUGGACGCCAUCGACCUGAUGCUCCAGCUCAUAUCCUCAUACCGAAAGCGAGACCCCGAAAAGGGCGGCGAGGAAGAGGAAUACAUGGAGAACAUAUUUGAGGCUCUGACCUGCCUCGUCGAUGAAGUGGAGGGCAAGGUCAAGUUCGUCGAGGCUGAAGGCGUAGAGCUUUGCCUUCUCAUGCUCAAGGAAGGGAAGAUGAGCAAGGGUCCGGCUCUUCGUCUCUUGGACCAUGCCGCCGCAGGGAACUUGGCGGGCCAGGUGUGCCAGAAGAUUGUGCAAGCUGGCGGACUCAAGUCUACUUUUACCUUGUUCAUCAAGACUCAUGAUCGUCGUCUCUUGAGCCGCUUGGUGGCCAUCUUUGCCUCCAUGCUGCGGCUGCUCCCCGCGACAUCGGCCGAGAGGAUUCGGACGCUGGCUAAAUUUGUCGAAAAGGACUACGAGAAGGUCACAAAACUGAUGACUCUCCGCCGAGACUACAGCGCCCGCGUUAAACAAGUUGAGCAGGCGAAUGAGGCUGAGCAGCAAGGGGCAUCCGAGGAAGAGGCGGAUGAGCUACAAGUGGAGCUUCUCUCCCGGCGUCUUGAAGCUGGACUUUUCACACUGCAGACAAUCGACGUUAUCUUUGCGUGGCUUGUCGCCGAAGACAAAGGAGCUAGGCGCAAGAUUAAACAAUUGCUUGCGGAGCGGGAUGAGACCUUGGCUGUUUUUCACACCACAUUAUCGGAGCAAAGAGAUGGGCUUGACACCAGCGAGGAGGACGGGCAGGACAUGAAGGAGAUGCUGGGGACCUUGCUAGAGUUUCUGCAAUGA